CAUUCCGAGGCGCAACUUUCUUGGAUUUGUGGUCGACGUCUCAAGACACACGAAGACGGGGGAAUCAGGACAUAGGGCCUCGCUGGAACCUAAGAGUGUAUCAGCACCUUACAUAAGGCACUUAAUGAGGGGUGGAAGAACGCCAGAGAAAGCCAAAAAGAGAUUUUGGCAUUUCUUCUCCUCAAGGCCGUUGGGAAACAAAAUCUGCCUCGAAACUUUUACAGCCACAGACACGGAAAGCAUCGACAGCUUUUUCAGCAGGCACUAAUCCUACCAAAAAUACUUCGGAGAAGUGUUUCGGAGAAGAGACAGCAGCAGCAUUGAAUUCUUGGACAACCGAGUUCCACUUGUUCUUUUACGAUCUUGAUAGGCAUAGCGAAGGUGAAGAUCGAGCGCAGUCGAGGAUGCGCCAGGUAAAAGCUCUCACCAUGCCUGCUGAUGGGAGCAGAGGAUCUCAAGAGAGUGAACUUACCAGAGUUGUCAUGAGCUUCCAAUUUGAGGGUGACUUUUCGGAUCGAUACUGGACAUGUCGCCUAUUGGAAGCAGACAAGCCAACUGCGAGGAGGUAUAGAGAGGCUGCAAGUCAGUUAUGGAACAAAAGUGACGAGGAUUCUAAGAGAAUUUACUCCGAGGCCUACGAAAUAUUGAACAGGACGAUCAUUGAGGAGAACCCAAAGGAGGGCGGCAUCGAAUAUAUCAUGUGGAUACGAUACCUUGAAGAUUUGAAGAACGCCAUUAAGUUUAGCCAAAUUUCUUGGCAACAACGAAGAGUUCUGGAGCUCUUGUUAUUCGAAAAGAUCAUUAGGCGCAUGCAUGAAGGCGCAAAUAAUAUUCUUAACGAGGUGUGGUUGUGUAUGCGCAGAAAGGAGGAGAGCACGCAGAACAAGGGAAUCCCUGAGGAGGAGACCGAGGAACCAGACUGCGACGCUCUCGACAUCACAACGGACAGCUACUUCGUCACGAGGAAGCUGAUCAAACAAGUUCAGCAAAUUCUCCAGGCAGUAGAGGGAGAUCUAAAAGAGAAUAUUGCACAAAUCGUGCAAUGGGGAAACCGAGAAAAGGAUCGAGACGCCGAGAAACCUCGAUGGACCUUCCACGACGAGAGUCGAUAUCGGGCCACUAUCAAGAAGUUACUUGCCUCGAAUGAACAUGCCAUUCAAAAACUUCUGCGAACUCACCUUAAAGUUUCGAAGUUUGAGGCUUUACUCACUAAAACACUAGAGAUCUUACGGAGCGAUCUAGAUGAACGACAUGCUGGAGAUAUACAACGUUUCACAUAUGUGACCGUUGUAUUCCUGCCCUUGGGAUUAGCAACUGGUGUGUUCAGUAUGAGCGAGGCACCGAGGCUCGAAACGCUUAGAAGUAUGAUCGUCACUGCUGUGGUGGCCUUGACUAUCACAGCAUUCUCGCUGUUCGCUGCGAAACUUGCCGACGAUGCGGGCCUGCUGAAGCUGCCAGAAUUCAUACACAGAGGAUGGGACAUCUUCGUACAGUCGCGUCGGUUCGCGGGAGUGAUGCAGCCCGAGUCUGAAAAGAAAGGGGCUUUGGGAGUGAAAGGGCGGCUCGGAAGCAGUGAAGGAGAGGUCAGGACUGAAAGUAAAGACGAUGGAACCGUCUUACCGAAUGAACCGAACGCUAUUGGAUCGGCAAGAUGGUUUCCGAUCACGAGUUGGCGUAGAAAAAAACGACUGAAUGGUAAGAAAGGUGAAGAGAAAGUGGGGGAUGUGGAGGGCGGUGUUAUCGCGCGUUAGACAUGUAAGCCGGAUGUUCCUAGGUAGUUGAAACACUUAAAGCUAUU